GGCUGGUUUUCGAUGCUGCUUGUGUAUCGUGUGAGAGCAGUGGAAUCAUACACGGGAAAUCGAUCCACUGCGAACCUGGGAUAGGAGAGCCCGGGUGUAGACUCCCGAUUCGGCGGAGAGGCAUUGGGAGCGAUACGUCGCGGCCGGAAUCCAUCACGUGUCCUGCCGUCACUGCAGCUUGGGGGAUAGCUCGCUGGGCCGUGCGCAAGCUUCACGCAGCAGGCCCUCGACAACACCGGGAAAACCUAUCGUGAGCUCCCUACGACCGGGAUACAUUUGGUUGGACUCCCUCAGAUCGACGGUUCCGUUCCGAGGACCACGCUGUGUUCAUUAAUCGAAUCUGACACUGGUGACGAAACGACGUUGACAACUUCGGCGAUCGCACGGAGUAGCGUCGCAAGUCGCUUUCCGCGUCGACCAGGCGAGUGUUCCCCAAGAGCCAGGAGGGAUCCGGACCAAGCCCGAUGUCGAACGUUACAAACUUCCUGACGGGGACAAGGGGCGAAAAGUACCCCGGAGUGACCGCCCCCAUCAGCGUGGCUCUCCCCAGACCGGUGGAUCUUGAUAAAUCAAAAGAGCUCGAAGCCGUUCUGCACGAGUUCGGUCUCUUCGAAAGCGCGAGCGAAUUGGAUCAUCGACUUCAGGUACUAGGCAGGAUCAACGAAUUGGUUCAGCAAUGGAUACAAGAGGUUUCGAUUGCCAAAGGUGUACCCGAGAACAUAGCGUCCUCGACGCGGGGGAAAAUCUUUACUUUCGGCUCAUAUCGCCUCGGAGUUCAUACCAAAGGUGCUGAUAUCGAUACCUUAUGCGUGGCACCGAGACAUGUGGAGAGAACAGAUUUCUUCACUAGUUUCGUGGAACUACUCAAACAGCAGCCUCAAGUACGGGAUCUUCGUGCAGUAGAGGAAGCCUACGUACCCGUGAUCAAAAUGGAGUUUGAUGGCAUCGAAUUCGAUAUGCUGUUCGCCAGACUAGCCCUCAAAGAUAUUCCGCCAGACCAAGAACUGCGCGACAUGACUCUGCUGAAGAAUCUCGACGCUAAAUGUGUUCGGAGCUUGAACGGCUGCAGGGUGACCGACGAAAUCCUCCAUCUGGUUCCCGAUAUACCAGUAUUCCGCACCGCGCUCAGAACGAUAAAAUUGUGGGCGAAAAAGAAAGGAGUCUACAGCAACGUCUUAGGAUAUCUCGGUGGGGUUUCGUGGGCAAUGCUCGUGGCUCGCACCUGCCAGCUGUACCCCCAUGCCGCCGCUGCGGUAGUUGUGCAAAAAUUCUUCCUCGUUUUCUCCCAGUGGCCUUGGCCCAAACCGGUCCAUCUGAGGACCCAGACCGCUGCUCAUCAACAUUUGGGAGGAUUCAGCGUCUGGGAUUCCCGAACGAACGUUGCCGACAGAUAUCAUCUGAUGCCGAUAAUCACACCGGUUUAUCCGGAGCAGAACUCGACGUUCAAUACGUCAUUGAGUACACGGACCAUUAUGACGAAGGCAUUCAAGGAGGGUCUCGCCGUGACCGAAAACAUUCUGAAAGGGAAAGGAACUUGGCACGAUCUCUUCUCGCCUCCGGAAUUCUUCGGCCAGUACAAGACAUUCAUUAUGCUGACAGCAGUCGCGAACACAAAAGAAGAUUUGCUCACGUGGUACGGUCUCGUAGAAUCCAAAAUCAGAACACUGAUCAUUUCCCUGGAAAGGGUUCCGUGCAUAGAGAUCGCUCACGUCAAUCCAAAGAGCUAUAACAAAGUGAAGGAGGACAAACCGCCAGCUGAGCCCGUGAAGGAACAACAAGAGGAAUCCCCGAAAGCCUCCGCAGAAACUGAACCGAACGAGACGGAAGAAAAAGCAGAGCCCAAACCCCAAGAAGAAACCGAAGGAGUCAACUGGUUUAUCGGAUUGCACUUCGGACAAACUAAAGAGAAACUCAAUCUCGAUCUGACGGAAAACGUCAGGAAUCUCCGCGACGUGAUUUUCCGUCAGGCGGAAAACAUAAAGAUUCUUAAGGACGGCAUGGAUGUCGAAGUACGGGUCCUCAAACGCAGAGACCUCGCGACGGUCUUGCCACCGGAAGAGGUUGCCUUGCUGCCUCCUCCCGAGAAGAAGCGAAAAUCUAUCCGAAAAGCUUCCGAAGAGUCCGCCGAAAAUCCCUCGAAGCGAAUCAAGGAAGACGACGCACCGGAGGAUACGAAUGGUGCGGGGGACCUCUGACCGACGGAUGGCCGAGUGGCAGGACUCGAGUUUGCCUCCGUUUAGACACAUUUCGAUCCGAAUAACGGGACGUUCAGGGUCCGAUCUCUAAGUAAGAGCCCUGUGAACUCGGCGAAUCCUGUUCCGCUGUAAGAUAUGGGGAUGCCUUGUGUACAUAGUAGAACCACAAACGGAACAUUUUCUAAUUACAUAUUCCGAAAAACACGAGGAGCAAAUCUCAGAAAUCAGGCAACGUGACAUCGAGUGAGUUCUGAAAACUCAAUCAUUGCGGGGGGCGCUGAUCAACGCGACCUCCCUCGAGCUGACAGAUCGGACUGCCGGAGUUUGUGUCAUGCGACAUCAUUCUUUGAAUCGCUGGCCCCUCCUAGAUAUUAGCUCUCUGUUUCACACGAUGAUUGCGACAAGAAAAAUUCAGAAAAUAAGGCUGCUGAGAUUCGAGCGUGAAGUGAUAAGAAGUAAAAAGCGUAACGAUGUAACUGAUUAACGCGAAUGGAAAUCUGUCGAUCCUACAACGAGAUUGAGAACGCUUGGAACCAACCAAUGCCAAGUCAAAGGCGAUUGCGGAGGCGAUGGGUUGCAUCAAAUCAUCGGGAGUAAUAAAAAAAACUAUGU